GAGCAGCAGAGUGCUGUUGGAGGGCUGCUCGUGCAUGACGCGCUCACUCGCUCCCCUCUCUGCUGUUUGAAAGGAGACUGACUGAGGAGGCUGAGCUCCACAUUUCAGCACCACAGCUCAGAUCUCACCGGGACAAACUCUCCGGGAAGGGAACUCACAGGAGCGCUCUGAUGCGUAAAGACGCACGAAGAGUUUUAUCCAAGACGGUGCUGCAGUGUAAUCGAGGAGGGACUCAAAACUGAGGGCGCGUUUUACCAUCCUAUCAGGCUCUUUCUCUCUUUCUCUCACCAUCGGAUCUGUUUUUAUAAAACAUCGCCAGAGCAGAGAAAGAGCGGGUUUUCACAUGCGUAAUUCUGCUUUCUCGCUCCUUGUUCGCUCUCCAUGGAUUUAGUGCUCUGAGCGACCGCGGCUGCAGUGGACUUUGCCCCCGGGGAUCACAGCUCUUUCCGCCGGUCACCAAGAGAACCAGCUGUCGCUCAUGUUCCACGAGGGUGCUGCUGCUGUGGUUUUGAUGGAUGUAUAAGCUCACCUCCGUGUUCAACCGGAUACUAAACAGCAGAGACCCGCUCACAGACUGCUUUGAACAGGGGGAUACAUCAGGAAUACAAGAGCUCCAAAUGAGGACUUCAGUGUUGACGCGUAUCGACCGGGACAAGGAGUGAUUCCCCCUUGGUGCCAGUCAUCAACGGCGAGGACAGACCAGGAGGAAAGGAUCCAGAUUUAGAGACUUUGUGGGUUUCUGAGUUUGCCAAUGCCAGGGACUGGAGUGUGAGGCCCCAUCAAGGCUUCCAACAUAUACUUCUACCUUGUAACCGCAAGACACACACAGCACGUCCAGAAAAUGGAGAGGGUCUGCACGUUCUGCGUUCUCCUGCUCUGUGUGAUGGACAAAGUCUCGACCAGGACCAUUGACGAAAGAAGGACUAAAGUUCUGCGGAUCUCCAGGCCUCUGAUAGUGCCAGGUUAUCCAGAAAACACAACAGCGGUGGUGGGUGGUCAGGCAAAGCUGGUGUGCAAAGUCCACAGGCCGACAUCCACCAAGGUGCAGUGGUUGAAGACGGAUGUCAGUGCCCCUGGACGAAAUCAGGGAGGACCACCACAUGUCAGAGCUCUGACUGCCCUGCAGAGCAAUGCAUCCAAGGUGUACACCCUGCAUCUGUUCAACAUCACUGUGGAGGAUGCAGGAGAGUACGUCUGCAUGGCUGAGAGCAUCCAUGCAGGAGAGACAGUACAGGCCAUGCAGUCGGCGUGGCUGGACGUCCUGCCUGGCACCAUCAUUCCCCGAACGGAGGACCUCGCUGCUGCUGAAAUCCCCCAAGAUGUUCUCGAGGAGCUGAGCGAGGACACCACAGAGCAUCUUCUUUUGGAGCCGGGAAACGUGUUGAAGCUGCACUGUGACAUGAGCAGCCGGCCUGGCAUGGCAGUUAACUGGUACAAGGAGGGAGUCCGUGUUCUGUCUACACCCCGGAUCCAGAUCCGCGGCAUCAUCAUGGAGAUAACCGAUGUAACAUACGAGGAUUCAGGAGUUUAUGUUUGUGUUCUCCGUGGAACCAAAGAGCCAGUGAGAAACUUCACCAUCACUGUUACAGACUCAUUGGGGUCAGGAGACGACGACGAGGACAACGGCUUGGAGGACUCAUCAGCUGAGAUCGAAAAUGAUCAGGUUUACUUUUCCAGAGGUCCUUAUUGGACCCACACCCAGCGUAUGGAGAAGAAGCUGUACGCCGUUCCCGCAGGCAACACAGUGAAGUUCCGUUGCCCAGCCAUGGGAAGUCCCAUGCCAAACAUUCGCUGGCUAAAAAAUGGACGUGAAUUCAGAGGAGAGCAUCGCAUUGGGGGCAUUAAGCUGAGACACCAGCACUGGAGCCUGGUGAUGGAGAGCGUUGUUCCUUCAGACAGAGGAAACUACACCUGUGUGGUGGAGAACAAAUACGGCUCCAUCUCUCACAGCUACGUCCUUGAUGUCCUGGAGCGCUCCCCCCACAGGCCCAUCCUGCAGGCUGGUCUCCCAGCCAACACUACGGUAGUGGUGGGCAGUGACGUCCAGUUCCACUGCAAGGUCUACAGUGACGCCCAACCUCAUAUCCAGUGGCUCAAACACAUUGAAAGAAAUGGCAGCCGCUAUGGUGUGGACGGGACCCCUUAUGUUCAAGUUCUCAAGACUGGCAGUCUGAACAUGUCAGAAGUGGAGGUCCUCUACCUGUCCAAAGUUACCAUGGAGGAUGCAGGAGAGUACACCUGUCUGGCUGGAAAUUCAAUUGGUUUCGCCCAUCAGUCUGCUUGGCUGACCGUCCUCUCAGAGGAGGAAGCAGCUGAUGCCUUGGACAUCAUUGAGACCAAGUACACAGACAUCAUCAUCUACGCCUGUGGUUUCCUGGCUCUGAUCAUGGCCAUCGUCAUUGUGGUGUUGUGUCGAAUGCAGGUCCACCCCAGAAGGGAGCCUUUUGAUGCUCUUCCUGUCCAGAAGCUCUCCAAGUUCCCUCUUCGCAGACAGUAUUCUGUUGAGUCCAACUCGUCAGGGAAGUCCAGUGCGUCUCUGAUGAGAGUGGCUCGCCUUUCGUCUAGCUGCUCUCCCAUGUUGGCUGGAGUAAUGGAGUUUGAGUUGCCUUACGACCCAGACUGGGAAUUCCCCAGAGAGAAUUUAACGUUGGGCAAACCUCUAGGAGAAGGCUGCUUUGGUCAGGUGGUCAGAGCUGAGGCGUAUGGUAUCAACAAGGACUGCACAGACCAGGCCACCACUGUGGCAGUUAAGAUGCUCAAAGAUGAUGCUACAGACAAAGAUCUGGCAGAUCUCAUCUCGGAGAUGGAGCUGAUGAAGGUGAUGGACAAACACAAGAACAUCAUCAACCUGUUGGGAGUCUGUACACAGGAUGGCCCUCUGUACGUGCUGGUGGAGUAUGCCUCCAAAGGUAGUCUGAGGGAGUACCUGCGGGCCCGGCGACCUCCAGGCAUGGACUACACCUUUGAUGUGACCAAAGUGCCUGAGGAGCAGCUCACCUUCAAAGACCUUCUGUCGUGUGCCUACCAGGUGGCCAGAGGGAUGGAGUACCUGGCCUCUAAAAGGUGCAUCCACAGAGAUCUGGCAGCCAGAAACGUUCUGGUGACAGAGGACAACGUGAUGAAGAUUGCUGACUUUGGCCUGGCCAGAGGAGUCCACCAGAUCGACUACUACAAGAAAACCACCAAUGGACGGCUGCCGGUGAAGUGGAUGGCACCAGAGGCCUUGUUUGACAGAGUCUACACACACCAGAGCGACGUGUGGUCGUUUGGUGUCCUGAUGUGGGAGAUCUUCACGUUGGGUGGCUCGCCGUACCCCGGCAUCCCUGUCGAGGAGCUCUUCAAGCUGCUGAAAGAAGGACAUCGAAUGGACAAACCCUCCAACUGCACACACGAACUCUACAUGAUGAUGCGUGAGUGCUGGCAUGCUGUUCCCACCCAGAGGCCGACCUUCAAACAGCUGGUGGAGGAGCUGGACAAAGUGCUGCUGUCCAUCUCUGAUGAGUACUUGGACCUGUCGACACCCUUCGAGCAGUACUCGCCAUCAUGUGAGGACACAUCUAGCUCCUGCUCCUCUGACAACGACUCAGUUUUUACCCAUGAUGCCUUGUCCACUGACCCCUGUCUCCUGGGCUACCAGGAUGUGCGUUCCCGGAUAGAUAUGAAGACAGCACUCCGAUAGGCAACAGCACAUAAACACACAUGAACAGAACACUACAGACGGGAACACGACUUUGGGCUUUCAAGUGAAGCAACACAUCAUCUGGCUGCCACACUGGAGGUCCACUACAUCAUUUCUAAAGUUAAGGCCAAGCUUUUAUUCUCAUUAGGUUUUACAUUGGACCUCCAGUAUGGCCCCAGACAAAGCCCUUAGAUGUAGGUGGGCAUCUGUUACACACAAAUACACACGCAGACACACACACACAGGUACACACGGGUGCACAUGGAGCACUGAGGCCAGUGGGCUUCAUUACUUAGUGGAGUUUAGUAGGAAAACCUUUCAUCAUGGGCAGAAGAAUGAGCAGAAGACAAACAAAAUAUGGUACUUUGGACUAUCAGCUCUGGCACUGUGCCCAAGAACAGCUGUAAGGUUGGAAAACUGCGGCACUAAACACAACCGAAGAGACCCUGGUACUCAAAAAGGCUUGAAAUGCUCUCUAUGAUCAAGUCUCCUUUAGAGAGGCAAAGGACAAUGAUCUCCUCACACAAACUCAACCAGAAACCAGGGCUUGAAACCCCGGUGAUAAAGACAUUUUAACGAAAAAAAAAGAUUUAUUUUGCUAUGAUAAAAAAGAAGAAACGGAUUGUUAAAUAUAAAUCUCUCUAUAUAAGAUUAUUUUACUUUUGUGUUGCUUAUUUAAAAAGAAAAACGGUCUUAAAUCUCAGGAUCUCUCAUGCUAAGAAGUUGCUGUUGCAUCAGCAAAGUGCCUGAAGUUAUAAUUUUCCUGUGAAGAUAUUAGAAUAUUAAAAUAUUGUAUGUACAUAUCAACAGCAGAAAGACGAUUGCCUUUUAUAAAUUAUUCUGAAUGACACAGAAAUGAAGGUUAGUGGAGGCAAAAAGGAGAGAGGUAGUGUUUCCAGUGCCAAACCUGUCACCUCUGUCACUGUCUAUGUUCAGGUUUCAUUCCAAAAUGACACCACAAUUUCUCAACUCAAACAUUUUGAUUAUUAAUUCAAUUUUUGCAGAAAUGAAAUGCAAAUGAAAAUAAGAAAUCUAAAUACAACAUUGGGGUCACUCCCAAAUCAUGACAGUAGAUGUUGAAAUUCAUUUUACAUUGUCUUAAAACAGCCCUACAUGUUAAGUCAACAAAAUUACCAAAUUUUUCCAUUGACAUCCUCAAAUGUUUGUGGCUUAAAGUUUUUGGAAUGAAACCCCCCAUUUAUGAUUUUGUACUAAAAUGCUGCGGCCUCCAGCCCAAGAAAACAAUUUGCGGGUAAAUAUCAGAACCAGCCCAGUUAUUGUUGCUGUUGUCAGAUGAAAACCACAACAUUUUAAAACUAUUUGGACAUGAAGUAAAAAAGAUUUCUCUCAUGAGUGUUUGAAAUGAGGUUGGAUCAGGUCUCCAAACCCCUAAAGGUCACGAGACAGACACGUUUUUCAAGUAAAGACGACCACGUGAACUGGUCUUGCGGUCUUCCUCUAACAGCUUUCCUCAGUCUGUGCCUACAUCGCUGCAUUGUCAGAGACAGUAGUGUGUCCGUGGUGGGACUCGUCCUGAAUGGAGGACUGACGAUUCGGCUGUGUGAGGACUCUGUGGGGAGCUGGGCCGGGCUCACUGUCACUGCUGAACAAGGAGAGGAGAUCAGGGAGGGGGGGGCACUGAAUGUGAAAGCCAGUGUGAUUGAUUUCAAAUAGAGGAGAAGGGGGAGGGAGCCUCCUUUGUCUGGCUGUAACCCCUCACCCAACCCAAUCUGUUGGUGAGGGGUCCUCAGGUCCGCAGCCUGGCCGGACAAUGAAGGCUUUGCAGGCUUAAUGGGUGCGACUACGGACCAGAGGGAGUUUUUGGGGGGCGGUGGCGGUGUGGGGAUGGCUUGGGCUUGUUUGCAAAUGAAGAGGCUCUUAUUAUGGUAAUGUCUCCUCCUCUCUCCCAAAACGCCCCUAUCUUUAUCCAAGGCCACCAUCUUUUAAAUUACAAAUCUUAACUCACGUUUGCUGCUCCACCACUGCUGCCAGGACCAGCUGCAACAAUUUCCCCUGUGGUGUAAAAUGCCAACUGAGUCCCAGUCCGCCUCCUGGACCUGGUGCAACAAUUCAGACACAAUAACCAUUGACAAAAUUGACAUUGUGCAAUAUCUGUGUCCAGAUCUGUGGAAAACACAAAGAAGCACAUUCACUAAUUGUAACGCCUCAUUUGAAUUAAUUGAUUUCAGUCUGAAAUUUGGUUGCUUUCAAUGCUGGUGAAAACAAAACCUCCUUCAGCCUCCCGACAGAAAUUUAAUUUGGCUAAUCUCGCCAUCACAACUUGCACCAUUACUCUCUCCUCCUUUUUUCCUAUCAGAUGGUGGAAAGUUUCAGGUUUUCAUUCCAAGAUGCUUUACAUUCAUCAUUUAGUAAUCUUACCAUGUGCAAACCCAGUCAAGCAUUUUGUUUAAGAAGGAUUAACAUACUCUGCUCAUUUUGUUUGCAUUUUAUGCUGCCAGUCACCUCGUGACAGCUGGUGUUGCUGAUGGAGAUCUCAUUUUGGAAUGAAGCUCUUUUACAUUUACACAAAGUGUCCCGACACGUGCAUCUCUACAUUCCAGUUAUCCCAGAUACAAAAUUGUAAACAAUCACAAUGUUCUUAAACAUUUCCUCAAGAGAAUUAUUUUAGAAAUAUCUAAUUUAUUUGUUUAUUGUUGUGUUUUUAUAUGAAAUAAAGUAUAAUUUAAA